AAGCCGGGCCAGCGUUGGCGACGGCGGCUCCUCGGAAGGGGAAGAGCCCCCGGGAGACGGACACGGGUGACAACUUUCGUUUCUUCCCGGGAGAGCGAGGGGAGCGCAAAAGAGAGGUGGGGGAAAAGUUCUCAAUCCAUCGUAAAGCUGUUGGUGAGAGGGUGCCAAGGUAAGGGAUGAUGUAAUGCAGGGGCAGCCCUAAAGCAUCUUUUGUUGGAAUUGUGAAAUGGUUACUCCAGUCAUUUCUUUAUGAAUCAAAUGUGAGGGGCUGCUUUGUGGAAUGAGCCUUUUGUAACCUCGAAUCAACAGGAAAGAGAAAGAGACAUUCACUUGGAGAACUCUUGCUGCAAAUGGGUUUAAGUUUCAUUUUGCCAGUCGCUACCAGGCUGACCUCAUACAUCUCGGGUACAAUGGAGUGGCUAAGCCUUUGAGUACACAACCAUUACAUCAUCGUUGCAAAUUAAAAAAAAGGAGGUAAUAAAAGAGGACUUAUUGUUGACAUGGCUGAUGAGAUGACUGGGACUCAAAUUGUUCCUGAGAGGUUGGUGGCUCUGCUGGAAAGUGGAACAGAGAAAGUGCUCCUAAUUGAUAGCCGACCCUUUGUGGAAUACAAUACAUCCCACAUUUUGGAAGCCAUUAAUAUCAACUGCUCCAAGCUCAUGAAGCGAAGGCUGCAGCAGGACAAAGUGUUCAUUACGGAGCUGAUCCAGCACUCUGCAAAACAUAAGGUUGACAUUGAUUGCAGUCCAAAGGUGGUAGUCUAUGAUCAAAGCUCUCGAGAUGUUGCCUCUCUAGCUUCAGAUUCUUUUCUGACUGUACUCCUGGGUAAACUGGAGAAGAGCUUCACCUCUGUGCACCUGCUUACAGGUGGGUUUGAUGAAUUCUCACGCUGCUUCCCUGACCUCUGUGAAGGAAAAUCUUCUUUAGUCCCUACCUGCAUUUCCCAGCCUUGCCUACCUGUCACCAACACUGGGCCAACCCGAAUUCUUCCGAACCUUUAUCUUGGCUGCCAGCGAGAUGUCCUUAACAAGGAGCUGAUGCAACAGAAUGGGAUUGGUUAUGUAUUAAAUGCCAGCAAUACCUGUCCAAAGCCUGACUUCAUCCCCGAGUCUCACUUCCUGCGAGUGCCUGUGAAUGACAGCUUUUGUGAGAAAAUAUUGCCAUGGUUAGACAAAUCGGUUGAUUUCAUUGAGAAAGCAAAAGCCUCUAAUGGAUGCGUGUUGGUACACUGCUUAGCUGGAAUUUCUCGUUCUGCCACAAUUGCCAUUGCCUACAUCAUGAAGCGGAUGGAUAUGUCCUUAGAUGAAGCCUACAGAUUUGUGAAAGAAAAAAGGCCAACUAUUUCUCCAAACUUCAAUUUUUUGGGCCAACUGCUAGACUAUGAGAAAAAAAUUAAGAAGCAGACUGGAGGAGCAGUGGGUACAAAAAGCAAGCUUAAACUUCUGCACCUAGAGAAAGCCAGUGAAUUUGUUGCCACAGCUUCAGAAGGAGCACAGAACAGUGAAACCUCCAUUAGCACCAACUCUGCUACCUCAGACACAGUGGGGCAGAGGUCCGUGCACCCUGCGAGCCUUCCAUGCGUGCAGCUUGCAUCAUUUGAGGACGGUCCACUGGUACAGGGGAUCAAUGGACUCCACAUGUCUUCAGACGCACUAGAAGACAGCAACAAACUCAAACGUUCGUUCUCUCUAGACAUCAAAUCGGUUUCCUACUCCUCCAGUAUGGCGGCAUCUUUGCAUAGUUUUCCCUCAUCAGAGGAUGCUCUGGAAUACUAUAAACCCUCUAGUGCUUUGGAGGGAAGCAGUAAGCUGUGCCAGUUCUCUCCGGUUCAGGAAGUGUCUGAACAGACUCCAGAGACCAGUCCAGACAAGGAGGAAGCCACCAUCCCUGAGAAGACCCAGUCUACUUGGCAGUCAGAAAGCCAGACUAAGAGAUUGCACUCUGGGAGAACCAACAUCGGUAACACCACCCAAAGGCCCCUCCUGUCCCCGCUGCACCGAAGUGGGAGCGUGGAGGACAACUACCGCCCAAAUUUCCUGUUUGGUCUUUCCACAAGCCAACAGCAUCUGGCCAAGUCCGCCGCCGGGCUGGGCCUCAAGGGCUGGCACUCGGACAUUUUGGCUCCCCAAGCUUCCGCCCCUUCCUUGACCAAUAGUUGGUACUUUGCCACCGAGUCCUCUCACUUCUAUUCUACUUCCGCCAUCUAUGGGGGCAGUGCCCGGUACUCUGCCUAUAGCUGUAGCCAGCUGCCUACUUGCAGCGAUCAGGCCUUUUCAGUACGCAGGCGGCAGAAACCAAGUGACCGAGCUGACUCCAGGCGGAGCUGGCACGAGGAGAGCCCUUUUGAAAAGCAGCUGAAACGCAGAAGCUGCCAGAUGGAAUUUGGAGAGAGCAUCAUGUCAGAGAACAGGUCCCGAGAAGAACUGGGAAAAGUAGGCAGCCAAUCAAGCUUUUCAGGUAGUAUGGAAAUCAUUGAAGUAUCCUGAGAAAACAUGGAUGUACGGACUUUUUUUGGAGAUUUUGUUAUCUUCCUGUCAAUGAAAAAAGAAAUUCCCUGUAAAUCUGAAAUAUAUGUAUGGACAUAGAUAUUUUUGGAAAAUGGGGCUUCGGUGUGUAAAAGCUGUUUUCUCUUUACUCUAAUGUCUAUAUGUGGGAGAGCAGCUACUUUUUCUCCCGGUUAAAAGUGGAAGGGCAGAUGUUUAAGAUGUUCUUUUUCUCUGGACAGAUGAAGCAGUCGUAUGCGAUAAAUUGCACAUCCUCUUGUUCUUAGAAAAGAAAGCUUUAUUGGUGAUAGAGGACAGCACCAUUUCCAAGUUGUGCUACUAAUAAUUCUCAAAAAUUAGUCCUUACCCAAUUCUUUCACAGUGCACCUUAGGCCUGAAACUGAGCCAGCUUUUGGGUCGGGGGUAGACCCUGUUAGGAACAGAAGCAUAGUAGUGAAUCCAAAAGAAAUAACUCACUGCAACAGUGGCCCAUCUGAACAUCAAAGCACAUUCAGUCAAAACAGUGACAUAAACUAUCAUUCUAAUGGACAGGCCAUUAGGUGAUUUUCCAAGAGCUGCUUUAUAAAGAGCAAAAACCAAGUACCUCAGAUAAUACAAUUAGGGCUUUUACAAACGCUACCCAUUUCUGGGAGCUGGUUUUGUAAACAUUGUGAAUAGGUAGUUAGCUAGUCAUACUUUUAAGGGCAAUUUAAGCUGUCUAUGCACAAAUUUCCAGUUGGGCCUAGAUGUAAAGGGGGUUAAAAAUUUUUUAAAAAGGUUUUAUUCUCUGGCUCGGGAAGGGAAAAAAAAGACUGAAAAACCAUUUUGUAGCUCAUUUCAAUAGCUAGGAAUCAGGCACUCUACCGAUUAAAACAGCAAGUUGGGUGGUUAGGCAAGUCGACUUCCAUCCAGCAGUUCAAAGUAGAAUUUUAAAAGGUGAGAUCACUAACCAUUGUGUUUUCUUUAAAACCAAAUGUGUGUUUGGUGGCAACAGCAACAGCUCAGGUGUUUUUGGUCCACCAGCAUGUUUUCCACUGCUCCCAACAUGAGUUUAGUCACUGUGUAACCCGAAGGCAUAUUUUUUUUUUUAAAGAAAAGCUUAAAGCAGAAGAGUGAGAAAAACUAUGAGGGAUUUACAGGGAGGAAAGAGGUGAAGGAAAAGGAGAAUGUAUCUGCUUCCCCAGCAGCAUUUCUUUCUCUAUGGUUCCUAGGGUGGUGUCUACACUUUCCUCAGUCACUCUCAGAUUUGCCGGUGAUGUAGGGACUAGAGUAAGAAAGGUCAGAACAUCAAGUAUAGGAACGUCUGGGGGAUGUUGUAGUGUUCUCCCGACAGUGGUGCCAUAGCCCAUGGCAUUCUCACAAAUGAAUACCCUUGUUAUUUUGGGAGCUGGAGCAAGAAGAAAGAGCAGUCGGUCCUGAGCUGUGAUUACUGUGCAGCCAAUCACUCCAGGCAGCUGAAAAUAUAAAGCGAUUGUGGUGAGUGUGUAAGGGAUAUUACUUAUUUACUUUUAAACUUUUUAAGCUUGAGUCUCAUCAACUGCAAUGUGGUCCUCAUUUGAAGCCUUAAUUCACGUCAGCAACUUGGUUUUUGUUUUGUUUUGUUCGUUCUUUUUAUCAGCUUCAAGGGUAGCUAGUUGCUGACUCCAAUCUCAGGUUUUUUAAUAUGGUGAGAAAUGGACGGGUCUUUUUUGACCAGGAUGUGACUUACAUUUCCUGUGGUGACUGCAAAAAUCCAGCACAGAGCGGCAUGAUUCAGAGAUGACUGACCUUGAUCAUGGUGAGUGUGAGGGCUUCUUCACCCAAGCACAGGCAGUGACCCCAGUUGUUGUACAUGGAUGAAAUGCAGGUAGAGGGGGGAUAAACUGCAGCUUGAUUUUUGUAUGUGCAGAGUUCUAAUGUUUGACAUAAACCCAUUCUCAAGGUUUUACACAGAAAGGUGUUCUGACUGUGUAAUGUUACAUAUCAACCAUUUAACUGCUCAUUAUUCAAGUUAAUGAAUGGACAGUGAAUCAUUCAUUGAUAUGAAUAAUACGUCCGUGGACAAUCAGGCGUCCAGAUCCUGGUCUCAACUGCCAGACUUCUUACAUGUAACGGUAGUUUCAGCCUUAUGGACUUUUUCACAAAGGUUUGUAGGACUUUAUAUUUCAACAACAAAAGUCUCUCAAGCAGAAACCCAAAUCACAAAGCUCUCUCCCAGGGGUUUCUCUCCUUGCAGCUUUGAUCUGGUGUCACAACCAUAACCUACAAGCCUAAUAGCUAAAUGUCAAAUCAUCAGCUCUUCAGUGUUGAAAGUCCGGCCUUUUAGACCACUUGGACAGCUCUAGGUGACAAGGUUGGUACUUACACUCAAGAAUCCAUUCUUAGGGGAAGCCUUAGGGCCUAUUUAGUGCUACACAGGAUGGUGAUUCAAAACAAUACAAAAUCAAAAGAAACAAUGAAAAGAAACAACCAACCAACUAGAAUUCUAUGAGAAAUGCUGGAAAUGGUUUUAGGACAUUUGUAAAAGUUAGGUGGACUGGUUAUGUAAAUGUUGAAUAUGAAUAUCAUGUUCUUUGGGUGUAAGGCAAGCUAUAUGGUUAAAAAUUGUGCAUUUCUCACUUUGUGUCAUGAACAUUAUUGUAUGUUAAUAUGAUGAAUAAAGUCAGAAUUGGUACCUGU